UGCGUACAAAUUCGCGCCAAUUGACUACCGAGUCUCCCUCUAGCGGUUGGUGACAGUCAUCGUUGCUCUCGUGAAUUCGCGAUCAUUCUCAUUUCGCGAUGUGUCGCGAUGAGCGCUCCUGUUAAGAGUUGUUAUUUACGUACCUUGGAAGGAACUCCGACGAAUGUUUAUCUGCCGGACAAUACACCAAUUUUCGUAGGACGUUCGCCAGAAACCGGCAUCACAGAUGUGAAAUGCUCGCGACAACAAGUUCGACUAUGUGCAAAUUAUACGGAGACUAUCGUCACAGUUCAACAAAUUGGCCCCCAUGCCUGUGGUUUUAAUGGCUUUAAAACUCAGAAGGAUGUGAAAUUUGUAGCCAAACACAAUGAUCGCUUGGAAUUGCUCUAUGGCAAGCAUGCUUUCGAAAUAGAGUUUAAUCCACCUCCAAGUGUGAAUAAUUUUACAUCGAGGAAGAGAUUAUAUGAAUCAGAAAUAGAAGAAACUGAGGGCAAAACGAAAAUGUUGAAAUCAGAUAAUUGCUCCGAUAAUUACUCCGAAGAAUCUGAGAAUGACAGAGAAGAGGAACAGAGAUCAUCUUCGAAUGGUAUACAUAUUAAUCAAAAAACAUUCAGCACAUCCUCUGGUUCUAGCACAUCCUCUGAGCAGAGCACUGAAAGCUCAAAUACAUCUGCGAAGUGGGAUAGUGUGGAUAAUGGAAAAUUAUUAAUUUAUACAGCAUCAUCUGUUCAAAACCGACCAAAAGUUUUUAUUGCUGUGGGAAAGAGCAUUUAUAGAAAGCCAACAAUUGGUAUGUGGGAAUUUCUAGAAAAAGAGAAAAAUGGAGGUAUCACAAUUGAUAAGGCUAAAUCAUUUUACGUCGGUGAUGCCGCUGGUCGGCCGAAGAACUGGGCCCCAGGGAAAAAGAAAGAUCACUCAAGUGUGGAUCGAUUAAUGGCGUUGAAUGUUGAUGUCAAAUUCGAGACGCCUGAAGAACACUUUUUAAAACGUAAAGCGCCGCCUUAUGAGUUACCUAAGUUCAAUCCAAAAAAUCUAUCGCAAACCGACAUAUGCAAUCCUGCGGACGCGGAAUUAACACUCAAACAGCAAGAGAUGAUACUUAUGGUCGGCAGCCCGGGCUCCGGAAAAUCACAUUUUACAAAGAAUCAUCUAAAGGAAUAUGGAUACGUCAACAGAGAUACUUUAGGCAGCUGGCAGAAAUGUAUUGCUGCGGUCCAGCAAUACUUGAAUGAGAGAAACAGUGUAGUUGUAGACAAUACUAAUCCUGAUAAAGCUUCGAGAGAGAGAUAUAUGGAAGUAGCCAAGAAGUGCAACGUUCCGAUCAGAUGUUUUGUCAUGACGACAAGUCUAGAACAUGCUAAACAUAAUAAUAAGUUUCGCGAAUUAACUGAUCCAAGCCACACUCCAAUCAACGACAUUAUUAUACACUCUUAUAUGAAAAAUUAUAAGCCGCCAACUUUGGAAGAAGGUUUUAAGGAAAUAGUGGAAAUCAAUUUUGUUCCUAAUUUCCGUAAUGAGCAAGAUCGAAGACUCUAUGAAAUGUAUUUACUCGAAAAUUAAAUCCUAUAGAUUACUUAAAAGUACUUAAACAAAUAAAUCUUGCAUGAUAUAAAUUGAAA